CACUUCUAUAUUUAUAUCCUAUCAUCUGUCUUCCACUUCAUACCCACCAAGCUCUGAUCAAAGGCAUCAACAUGGCCAGUGGGGCGAUGCAGGAAGAGCAAGUGAAGCUGUUGGGCAUAUGGGUAAGCCCGUUUGUGAAAAGAGUAGAGUGGGCUCUCAAGUUCAAAGGCGUAGAAUAUGAGUAUGUGGAAGAAGACUUGAUCAACAAGAGCUCUCUUCUCCUCACCUCCAACCCAGUUCACCAGAAAGUCCCUGUGCUGCUUCAUAACGGCAACCCCAUCGUUGAAUCACUUGUUAUCAUAGAGUAUAUUGAUGAGAAUUGGAAGCAAAACCCCAUGUUGCCUCAAGACCCUCAUGAGAGAGCCAAGGCUCGCUUUUGGGCAAACUUCAUUGAACAAAAGAUAACAGAAGCUACAAGAACAGCAUUACUUACUGAAGGAGAGCAACAAGAGAAGGCAGUGAAGGAACUAAAAGAAGCCAUGGAAGUGCUUGAAGGAGAGGCUGCAGCCAAGCUCAAUGACAAGACAUUAUUCUUUGGAGGCAAAAAUGGUCUUGGGUAUGUGGACAUUGUGCUAGGUUGGAUAUGUAAUUGGGUGGAAGUCAUUGAAGAAGUUGGAGGGUUCAAGGUUUUGGACCCUCAAAAGCAACCACACAUUCACAAAUGGAUGGCCAACUUUGUGGAGGUGCCUCUCAUCAAGCCAACCUUGCUGCCCAAGGAGAAGAUGGUGGUGUACUUUCAAAUGGUUCGCCAAGCUGUUUUAGGUUUGGCUGCCAAGAAAUGAGAGCUUUGCACCUUGUUAUAUUUUAAUCUCCUCCUACUUAAAUCUCUUAUCUACUAUGUUUAUGUUUAGGGCUUGAUGAUGAUAAUGAUGCCGAUGACUAUGUAAUUUUCGAAGUUUGCUUUGUUUUUUAUCUAUUAAUAAAAUGAUUGAUGCUUGUGUGAUUUGAA